AAUAGGGAUGCCAAAGGAAAAAUAUGAUCCUCCAGAUCCUCGCAGAAUUUAUACCAUCAUGUCAGCAGAGGAGGUAGCCAAUGGGAAGAAGUCUCACUGGGCAGAAUUAGAAAUCUCGGGUAGAGUGCGGAGCUUAAGUACAUCACUUUGGUCAUUGACACACUUGACAGCGCUGCACCUAAAUGACAAUUACCUUAGUCGCAUUCCACCUGAUAUUGCCAAGCUUCAUAAUCUGGUUUACCUGGAUCUGUCAUCCAAUAAACUCAGAAGUUUACCAGCAGAACUAGGAAACAUGGUGUCUCUCAGGGAAUUGCUUUUAAAUAACAAUCUGUUACGGGUUUUGCCUUAUGAACUUGGUCGGCUCUUCCAGCUACAAACUCUAGGUUUGAAAGGCAAUCCUUUAUCACAGGAUAUUCUCAAUUUAUACCAGGACCCAGAUGGAACCCGAAAGCUACUGAACUUCAUGCUUGACAAUCUUGCAGUUCAUCCAGAGCAGCUUCCUCCGAGGCCAUGGAUUACAUUAAAAGAACGAGACCAAAUUCUGCCAUCAGCAUCAUUCACAGUUAUGUGUUACAAUGUGCUAUGUGAUAAAUACGCCACCCGGCAGCUAUAUGGCUAUUGCCCGUCCUGGGCAUUAAACUGGGAAUACAGGAAAAAGGGAAUUAUGGAAGAAAUUGUUAACUGUGAUGCAGAUAUCAUUAGUCUUCAGGAAGUGGAAACAGAGCAAUACUUCACUCUCUUUCUGCCAGCAUUGAAGGAGCGUGGAUAUGAUGGUUUUUUUUCUCCAAAGUCACGUGCCAAAAUCAUGUCUGAGCAGGAGAGAAAGCAUGUGGACGGCUGUGCAAUAUUCUUCAAAACAGAAAAAUUUACUUUGGUGCAGAAGCAUACGGUGGAAUUUAACCAAGUGGCAAUGGCUAAUUCAGAUGGAUCCGAAGCUAUGCUGAACAGAGUGAUGACAAAAGAUAAUAUUGGUGUCGCUGUGGUAUUAGAGGUCCACAAAGAACUAUUUGGAACAGGUAUGAAGCCUAUUCAUGCUGCAGACAAACAGCUGCUUAUAGUGGCAAAUGCCCACAUGCAUUGGGACCCAGAGUAUUCUGAUGUGAAACUUAUCCAGACCAUGAUGUUUGUCUCAGAGGUUAAAAACAUUCUGGAGAAAGCCUCUAGUAGGCCUGGCGGCCCAACUGCAGAUCCUAAUUCCAUCCCGCUGGUGCUAUGCGCAGAUCUUAACUCAUUGCCAGAUUCAGGUGUCGUGGAAUAUUUAAGCAAUGGAGGAGUAGCUGACAACCAUAAAGACUUCAAGGAACUAAGGUACAAUGAGUGUCUUAUGAACUUCAGCUGCAAUGGAAAGAAUGGAAGCUCAGAAGGGAGAAUCACACAUGGCUUCCAACUGAAGAGCGCCUAUGAAAAUAACUUGAUGCCUUACACCAAUUACACCUUUGAUUUCAAAGGCGUGAUUGACUACAUUUUCUAUUCCAAGACUCAUAUGAACGUGCUUGGUGUCCUGGGGCCUUUAGAUCCUCAAUGGCUGGUUGAGAACAACAUCACUGGGUGUCCACACCCUCACAUCCCUUCAGACCACUUCUCACUGUUAACACAACUUGAACUCCACCCUCCACUUCUGCCUCUUGUCAAUGGUGUUCACUUGCCUAAUCGGAGGUAGUGGAGUACUGCCCCGCACAGACGGGGGGAUCUGUUGCUAUGGACCUGUACAGUUGUAAAUCAAAGUAUGUAGGAGUGAAGUAUGGCCAUCCUUAAGCUGCUUCUUCAGGUUCCUUUCAUUAUGUGUUUGCUCUAAUUUUGUACAUUUGUGUGCAUAUUGGUAUCAUUUGGCACUAGGGCUGGAACCAAAAUUUUAAUUUAACAGUUUUCUAAAUUGGACCUUCAUAUUAUAUUAGAGUCAACAUUCGUAAUUAAUAAAUUACCAGUUCGAGGCCAACAAAUGUAUUUGUUUUUCCAAAACAAAUAUGUUCUUUUGAAUGGCUUCAAAUCAACCAUUUUUAUAAAAGGCAAUUUAAGAAAAAAACUAUAAAUAAAACAUUUUAAACUGAAUGAUGGCAUGCCUUGCAGGAAACAUUUCUUCGAUUUCUGUUUUCCAUUAUAACAAACUGAUUUUUGCCUCCCAGUUCUUUUGCACAUUAACAAAGCACUUAAAUUUGCUAGAUCUGUACAUAAUUGAUAUAGCCUUUAACCAUAAUAAGAAAAAUUGAGAAAUUAAAGGUGGUUGCACAAUAUGCUUUCAAAAUCAAGCAUUUAACACCACAUGACAGUUGGGCAAGUGCUGGUUAUUUUUUUUGUUUUGUUUUGAGGAAUCACUCUGUAUUUUGUUCCCCUAUUUGUUAUAACCUUAUUAGAAGUAUUAAUUUUAAGCCUUUCUCUCCAAUUUAUUUAUUGGGAAACAGUGGGUAAUUUCUACUGUCACACAUCUUGAAAAUAGAAUGUUACAUUUUGGAUGCUCACAAAAUUAGUGUCCAGUAUUUUUCAUUAUUCCCAUCUACCCUUUUCUGCCUGGCUGUGCUUAAAAAAAAAAAAAAACCCAAAACCAAAACCAAAUAAACAGAUAUUCUAUGAUCUGUGUAAAUUUUGAAGUUAUACUCAGAUGUUUCAAACAAAAAACAAAAAAACAGAACAACUACUGUUUUACAAGGGAAAAGUGAUACAAAUAUUUCAUGUGUUUCCCAAAGUAGGGCAGUGUCUGCUGGUUGGCCUUUUGAGGUGACAAGGGAAAAGAUUUUGGAGGGAGAGAGAACAGGGAGUAGUUGAAAACCUCAGAUCAUUUUUCCUGACUCUAGCUGCCAAAUGGCCAUUAUAUGCUUUUAAUUUUUGUUUCCGUUGUCUGUCAGGGUUGAGUUAAGAAGCUACUGGUUUAUUCCCAACUGUUGAUGCUCUUUAGAAACAUUGGAAUCCUUUUUUGCCCAGGAGGGGCCAGUUGAAAAUCUGUGACUCAAGAAGCAGUGAACGUAAUACCGUUUUCUGGGGGGAAAAUUGGUUGGCUACUUGAUGUUAAUUAUGGCACAGUAACAGGAAAAGGUUGUGUCUGUGUUUUUAAGUUUUUCUUUAUUCUGCUUUUUUGCUGCUAUAAGAGUUUUCUGAAAUUUAUAUUUUAAACUUUUCAUGCACUUUACUGUUUCUAGUCUCAAAAUGUGAUAUUUUUAAUAAACGAAAUUUUCCAUUAUGUGAAUGAAAUUUUAAAAGAAAAUAGCCUAUAUUUGUGUCUCACUAAUAUAUAAAGUAUAGGUCAAAUUUAAAUUAUUUAAUUAGUUUUAAGUAUAUACAAUUUGUCUCCUCUUUCAAACCUGACAUCUUAGGAUGUUUUAUUAGUCUUAAAUGAUGCAUUUUCUUUGGUCAUUUUAUACUAAUUUCUUCCAUAGUAAAUUAAUCAGGCUAUAUAAGAUAAUAUUUCCCCUGAAGGGUAAUUUUAGUGGGACGAGGGUGGUGGGAUGAUGUAAUGUCGUAUAUGGGAUCGCAUCAGAAGGGUUCUGUAAAGCCUAAACUCCCUUUUAAAAGUGCCUAGUGAUAGAGGCGUUGUUUGUCAUCUAUUAUAAUUGGAAUGUAAUUGUAGUUGAGUGAAGUUCAAUGUAAAUAAAAUAUUCUUUUAAAAAUGGUAAAAUGCCAGAAUAAACAAAGAAACAACCCUUAAGGUGACAGAUUUUCCUCAAUGUGCAGGUACCCCUUCUUAUAUACCUCAAACAUUCCACAUCUAGCCAUGCAAAUUGAUUACCUGAACCAUAGUACUGGAAAGUAGAAUAGCAUGAAAAACUUAAUUUUGUGGACAUUACCUUUUUUUGUAAUCAGCUACUGUAUGUUUUAUUUUAAAUCUUUUGUUUUGGGUGGGUUUUCUGCUCUGGAGGUAUAUGCACUAACAAAAAACAUUUUCCUCCUUUCAUAUACGCAUGUUAAUUAGCAAUGUGAGCAAUAUUUCCUACCAUACUUCACUCCCGAUAUUUUUUGAGAUGUUUGUAUAAAAUGGAAUUUAAAGUUCACUUAUGAUUGUAUAUGAACCACAGAGGAGCCCAUUUAUUAAUAAAAAAACUUUUUUAAUAGUUAAAUGUAGAGGGGAAAAAAUAAAAAAAAUUGGGAAACAUUGUAAACAGCUUAAGUUUAUUUUGUGUAUGAUCGAGGCACUGUUGCAGGAAGGUGUGUAAUUGGGUUCUCUCUGCUUCCAAAUGCACUCUUUCAAACCAUUCAUUAUCCUGUGUAUUUUUAAUGUGGUUUUAGUAAAUGUUGGUAGUAGCUCUGUUGAAGUAGGUAAUUGUGUUAUGUUUGGGUGGCGCACACACUUGGGGCAUGGUAACCCAAAUUUCAUGUGCACGGUUUCCCUUUAGCCCACUGCCCAGAUUUCACACACCUUUCACCCUUUGUUCCCUUUGUAAAAGGAGUGGUAUCUGUUUUGAGCUGCCAAUUCAGAUGAUCAGAAAUGCUGCUCUCCUCAGUAUUGUCUUGUUAAAACGCAUGCCAUUUGGAACUUUGGCAGUGAGAAGCCAAAAGGAAGAGGUGAAUGACAUAGGGUGUAUAUUCAAUGAAAGUAAAAUAUUUAUGCUUACAUACUUUCUAGUUCUUAGAAUAAGUUUAAUAAGCUUUAUGCCAUGGGGCUGCUGCAUAUUUUAUGUGAAGUUAAGAGAAAAUUUGGGCAUUUUUAGGUUGUGCUAAUGUUUUUUUUUAAACUGUUAAAUAUGAUUUCUGAUCUUUGUCUAAGAACUGGAGUGUUCUUUAAAUUUAUUAAAACAGUGUUGUUUGAGGAAGGAAAAACUGCACUGUUUGCUAUUACAACAGUCAUGCAAGUGCAUGUCAAGUCACCCACUCUCUCAGGCAUCAGUAUCCGCCUCAUAGCUUUACACAUUCUGAUGGGGAAUAUUGCAGCAUCCUCAGGACUGACAUCUGAGAAAGGCUCAAAUCCACUUACUGCUCCUUGCUUGUUGACUUUGUUUUAAAAUAUUGUGCCUGGUGUCAACUUUUAAGCAACAGCACUGCCUAAAAGCAAGCAGAGAACAGAAUCCCAGCACCAUUCUAUAGGCAACUUUUUAGAAUUCAGAUUUAUGAUGUUUUAUGUAAAAAAAAUUUUGUACAACGUAGCUGAAUAUUUUUGUUUCAUUUUUUUGAUGUAAGGCGUGUGAACGUUCGUUUGAAUAUCACAUGUUAAAGUCAGGUAAUGGCACAAUGGGUUCUGAGACCAGCUUCCUCCCUUCUCCCCUCCCAUUUGCCUUGUUCCCAACUCUUUCUUUUCAAAUUACUUUCCGAUAUUCAUAGGCAGAUAUUUAAUUUUACUAAUAAGCGUCCUGUGUGAAUGUAUUAAAGAAGCCACUGUGUUUUAGUGUUAUAGUUUGCAGAAGCUUCGUUCUUUGUCCUUAUUAUUUGGUAUGUUACAGUUAUGCAUUGAAUCACAGAAAAGGGAGAAAGUCGAAAGGUAUCUAAGGCUCCUAUCACUUGAUUCUGUGGAGGGUUGUAUUAGUAUUGAGGAUAUGGCACAUUAAAACUGGAACAUGGACAAACAUAACUGUGUUCCAUUUUAAAAUUGUAUCUUCUAAUUAUCUGUUAAGUGGGUGAAAAAUUAAGUUUGCAUUUGUAUUUCCAAGAGUUUCUAAAAAUCACAAAUGCCAUACUUUCAAAUCAAAUAGCAAGAAGUAGAGAAAGCACAAGACAAAAUAGGUUAAAUAUGUUCUUUGAUGGAACCAGACACAUACUGUUUUCAUUCCUAAUACAGGGCUAGAUUUUCUAGCAAAUUGGCUGUGUCCCAGUACUUAUAGUACUUACUUGUUUCUAAGUCUUCUAUGCUGAGAGAUUUUAAUAGCUUUGUAAAAUGCACUGACAGAUCAGUAGCUUUGAUCACAGAACACAUAAUAAAUUUCUGAUACAUUUGGCAGGCCAUAGACUAAUGGGUAUAUAGCAAGCAUUGACUUUAUGGCACGUUUUCAAAAUAGCAUUCAGAUAUACUUUUUGACAGAAAUGUGAAUUCUCACAUUUAUAAGGUAUUCUUUCUCUCCUACCUGCCCUCUCCUUUAAACAAAAAUCAACUUUCUAAUGUGUAGAUUUGUUUAAUCUUUUCCUUCUGAAUUGUAUCAUGUUUAUAGAACUCUGAGAAUUAUAGGUAGACAAAUUAGCUAGGAAAAUCAGAAUAUUUUUCUAAGCCAGGAACUUCAGGUAAAGUUUUCGAUUUGUAGACUAAUGAGAACUUUUGUAGUUAUGAUUGCUUUGAGUGAUUUUUUUUUAUGGUAUCAUGAUCACCAAAUUCAAAUUCAAGUAAAUUAGUACACUUUAGCCUGGCUUAUUUACCAAAGUUGUAAUCUGUUAAGAAACAGGAUGCCAGGAGCAUCUUUCGUUUUACAGAAUUUGGAUAGCUCUGUUGUGUAAGGGUCGUCUUAAAGUUUAAGGGUAAGAAGAAAAAAGAAAGCACUUAUAUCAAAACUGCAGGGUGUUCUGAAUACAAUCCACCAAAAAAAAAAAAAAAAACUUUUCAGGAAGGUGGUAAGGGAAAGCAUGCAUGUUUCUUGUUUUAACCAAAUACCUUCUUUAUGUAAGUUUCUCUGUUGAAUUACCUAAGUCCUACAGCAAGAAAUAGGGAGAUACUAGGAAAAGCAAGCUUUGUUAACCUACUUAGUAAUUUCUUUUGGCAAGGUUUUUUUUAUUUGGUUGUUUUUUUGGGGGGGGGGGCUUAUUCUUGGAACCAAAGGAAAACAAGCAUAUUGAGGUUUUAUUCAACAUAUAUUAUGACAUUGAAGUAAUGGAAUGUUUUUAAGUAAAAUAGAUUUUACUUUCAAAGCAUAUGAGAUAAGGACAUUUCUGCUAUUAAAUGUUCAUUUUUAUGGCACUUAAUAUAAACUCAACAUUAUAUUGAAAUUAGAAAUUGUUAUCAGAAAUCAUUUUAAAAGGGUAUGUAAAUGCCAAGUGAUAUGACUCUUUUGGCAUAGUAGCUUGGUAUAUUCAGCUUUCAGAAACUUUGAGAAGGAAUAGUUUGGCACCUAUUAGUAGUUAUUUUUCUUAUAAUCUCCCCAGAUUUAGAUAAUUUCCCUACUUGUAUAUGUGUCACUUUUAAUUCUAAAGGCAUAAGAAUCAUGGUAACUCUUAGAAGUGGUCCUUUCUUGCUCAUUUCAGUUUUGUGUUAAUUUCUAGUUACUGACCUUUGACUGUAUUUCCUUUCAAGCUAUCAAUGGUUGUAUGUACCACAUUUGUUGAGUUAGUUAUCUUGACUCACACAAUUGGCUUAGCAUUGAUGUGUCCAACAAUGGCUUUGCUUCUUAACAGGCUUAGUUUCCUGCUACUUGUUUCGGUGUUGAUACGAUACGUGAUGCAGUAGUCUGGGUGUGUAUGUAUUCAGAAGCUGUACUGUUCUUUCUCUGUGCUUAACUUGCUAAAAAUAUAUUCCCUUACCUGUGAAAUUCCUGAGCGGUGCUCUGCCAACUUUUUUUGGGGGGGGAGGAGUUUGGAUGGCUGUAUUACUGCACACUGGAUCUGGAAUUGUUCAGUGUUGUGCGUGGGAAAUUUCUUAAACACCAGCAGCACUGAGAAGUGCACUAUGGGCAUUCGUACAGUUGUCCAAAUGCAAGCAAUCCUUUCAUCUAGGAGAAGUUGAGGAGUAGAGUUCAUUGGAGUACUUGGUAUAUUUUGAGGAGGAUGAACGUUUCAAAUUUGGCUUUUUUACCUCUGGAUGGGGUGGAAUGGAGGGAGAUUUUGGUUUGUUUAUUUUUUUAAGAGAAAGAGUAUGUUCGUACCCUCUCUUUCGGAAAGGCCAGGGUGUUGGUCAUAUUCACGAUAGGUUAAUUUAUGUCAUCUUUUGUGAUUUCUUUCAACCAUAAAACAAGUGCCAACUAAUUGUCCAUGAGAUGAUCUACUCUUCAACUUAAUUUACCAUUUGAAUAGGGAAGGGUUCAUUUAUUCUCAUUAUUUGCAAUUAAAUUAACAAUUCAUUGUUUUGCAUAAAUUUGAGUAAUUGUGUGGCCUAUAAAGUUUUUGUAACUAAUUUAAUGGUUGGAAAGAAAAGCACUUGAGUUUAAAACUGAGCAAGGUAUUUUGAUAAUUUUCCCCCUGAUUACAUAGUAGUUUCUAUUGGUAUUUUUCCAGAACAACAAAUUCUCCUGCUUUAGGUUGUAUAUUUACUUUGCCUUUGUCCUAAGAAAAAGCCAAGCACUAAAUCAAUUUGUUACUGUGUUCCAAUAAUCAGUUUAAAAUCUAAGAUCAGUCUUUCUUUCUUUUGAAGAUUUAAUGAAGUGCCAUGUAAUUGUAGUUACUAGUGUUUAAUGUUUAAUAGACUGGUUCUUUGGUGUUCUAAUCAUUUAACACUCUGUCAUCCUUGAGAAAGUGGUUCUUUCUUAUUGAACACAUUCUCUCUGACAAAAUCACCAGCUGCUUUAUUUUUUCUAUUUAUUACAGUUUAAACAGUUGAUGAGGUCUGAAACUUGACCAAACUGCUCAGCUGAGAUGUUUUUCACAAUAGACACUGUACAAAAUGUGCGUGCAAAAGGACACAGUUGGGUGGUAGUAUUUUUUCAUUAAUGUGAACAUUGAUUAAACAAAGCAGUCCUGCCUUUUAAAUCUUGUGGCAGCUCAGAAGGGAGGUGCUUAAGAACCUUAACUACUAUGUCAGAUGACAAAAUACUUUUUUCCAUUUUGGAGAUUGGGUACUGCUCACACAUGAUGUAUAGGGCUAAAUAUAUGCUUGUUUCCUUGCACCUGUGUACUUCCUCUUCUCUCCCUCCCUUUCCUUCCCCUGUAGGCAAUAAAUGGCCAUUUUGCAACUGCA